UGACUCCCAGCAGCUCAAUCAGCUGCAUAAAGUAAAGCGAUCUGGUCUCAACACAGCACACAAGCGUCUGACAGGAAGUCUGCUGUUGAAGAGCACUCUAUCCCUGCAGGCUCUCCCACAUUAAACUCCAAGCUAAUGAAAACAAUCUGGUGAGGAGGAGAAAGAAAGAGAGAGAGAGAGAGAGAAGAACCCACAAGCCUAGCUCCUAACCCAUGGCUUGAGGGAAUUGCUUGUAAGAUAAUUGGCAAGAGAACGCUUUUCCAAGGGCACAGAACAGUAAAGACUAACAAGAAGUUGAAAAACUCCUUCCAACUUUUUAUUUCCAAGACCUCUACUGCACAUAGAAGGCAUUCACUGAGAAGACGCUUACUUUGUUUCAAACAAAAGGUCACAGGAUUUUUGAGCUAACUGUGAAAGACAACAAUGGCCAUUCCAUUGGCAUUUUGGCUACUUGCCCUCACAACAAUACGUCCAAGUACAACAUUUCCCAGCACUCAUUCAUCUGCACCCAUAUCAACAGCCUCAGCAGAAUCAUCUGGAGGUUCAGAAUCUGACAUGUCUUCUACUGAAAUCACGUUUUUGACUGGGAAGGUAUCAACAUCUACCAACAGUGCUGACCCCGUUUCUGUAAAUGAGGCUAUUAGUGCCACUGCAAAACCCACAGCCAUUGGUGCUGCUAUUAUGGUAUUCAUUAACCAAUACAUGAGUUUAAUCAUCAUUGGUGGGGUUCUUCUAAUCUUACUGGUUGUCAUAGUGUGUGCUAUAGUGCUGGUGAGGCAAAACUACAAGGCUUCAGCCUAUUACCCAUCUUCCUACCCAAAGAAAAAGUAUGUGAAUGAGCAAGAUAAACGGGGUUCGACCAAGUCAUUUGAUGAGAUUCCCGAGAAGGUCAAUGAUGAGCCCAGGGAAGAUUCUAAGCAACUGGAAACAGACAUACUUACCGUGACCCACAACCUCAAAAAGAAGACGCCAACCAAAGGAGAGACUGAUACCGCAAAGGGAGAGGCUUCCCACACCUCAGAAAAGGACGGAGCGAGCACCACAUUACAAGAAGCAGCAGGAGUAGACAACACAUUGAACAUAAUAGAAAACAAGGAAGACAGCAAAGAGGAUGGAAAUAAAGAAGAACAAAAGGGAGAAAGCAAGAAAAGUGAUGAUGAGCAUGGGAAGGGGACAGAGCAGGAACUGGAAAAUGGAGAAGGUCCAAGUACCAACUCCAAUCAACUAUCUGCUGAUGAUAUGGGCAGUAGUCCCAAGUUCACUUUGGACCAGACAGCAGACACAGUCGAGAUGAAAGGUAUGGGUAAUGUCAAUCCAGACAGCCAGGAGCCAAAGUUAGCACAGCAGGGGUUGAAUGAAAAAGCCAGUGUUGCUGAACCCAGUGCAGACAACACUGGUGAUCUGGAGAAUGUGCCAUUGAUCUCAAAUUGUAAUGGUGCACCAAAUGACAGCAGAGCUUUUUAAAAGAGCAGAAACAAAGGAUGAAUCAGCGUUAGAUUGAUAUGGAAAGUAUACAAAGGACUACUUGGAAUUCACUAUCUGGCGUGUUUGUUCUGCUUACAACAAAACCGCAUAUUUUUGACCAGAUCUUUGCAAGCCAAUUUUACAAAACAAAAUCAGCAGAAAAAACAUGCAGGAAGAUGAUAUGCGUAAUGAAAGCCAUAACCAUUUUUAAUACUUAUAAAAAUAUUUGUUUUUAAAUCCAGUUUUAUCUUUUCUCUCUACUUCAGCAUAGAAACAUUGCCCCAGACCCAUGAGAAUAUUUUAAUUUCCACGGCACUGGGGGUUUAAUCAGCCUGUAAAUGGGAAAACCACAAGGAGAUUCCACUAUUCUGGAAUGCUUCAAUUUGCUCUUUGGGCAGUUUAACCACUAUGAGGAAUGCAAAUAUAGUCAUUGGACAAAUAUUCUAAUUGAGAACACCAAAUCCAAAUAGGUAACCCCAGUUCAGAACUCCAACCAAUUUCACAUGUUCAGUCAUGUUGCAUGUUGCUGAAUCGUUCCCUCCUCUCAUGACUACAUUUCUGCCAUCCAAGUGGAUAUUUACAACUUAUGCAGACAACAGAGACAGAUUUUGGUCUAUGCUCUUGGGCUUACCUGAAGCAGAAGAUGACCCACCUUAGACACAAGGACAAUUAUCUGUCAGCUGCCAGCAAGCAUUAAGGAACCCUGGAAUGCAGGAAGUAAACAUUUUCCUUGUAAACUGUUAACAUGUCAAAUGUAAAGAAUUUGAGUACACUUAAAUUUAGCCUUAUUACAAGUAAUGAAUGAGCCAUAAUUGCAGCCAUUUAAAAACAAAAUUGGAAUUCUGCAUAUUUUAGCCCUUACUUAUCCCAGUCAGUGGAGGUGUCUGUGGUACAGUGGUAGUCCCUAUCUCUGAGUCAAGAGGUUCAAGAGGUGUCUCAUGACAUCUUUGAACAGGUUGAUUAGAAAAUACCUAUCCCAGCUGGUGUAUGCAAUUGGCAGUGAUCAGAAAUAGUAAUCUGAAAGGAAGGGUUGAAACUUGAAUGUGUCUCUUAUCCCAGCAAUGCCAUUCAUUUAAGGAUUGAACAAAAAAAUUGCAACACACUUUGUUAAAGAAGUAUUAUUGUUACAGAUUGUUCAGGCAGGAUCUGAACAAAAUUAAACACCUAGCAGUAUUGAUAGGAGUCAAGCUCCUUGAAGGAAAUUUAAGGUUUAUCAGAAUAAAAUGCAAUUUCCGAUCUCAAAUUACCCUUCUAUUUUAGUGGGGAGUUCUCCUCUGCUUUUAGAUUUAGUAAAACUAGGCACGAUUUCUGACACAUGCUUUAAAGUCUUCUAAAAUCCAAACGCUUGAGUUUCUUAUACGCAAUAUGGAUGUUGAGUGCUUCCAGGAAGAUGAGGGAAUAUUUCCAGCCACAGAGAGAACUCAGUGCCAGCGUGAUUCAACAUGAAAUUGGCCAUAUUUAACCCUGAAACCAGCUUUUAACAUACUGGCCGUGAGGAUGUGCUCUCAGCUUAUUCGGAAGAACACGAUCAUGGCAAUUUGGCCAUUACAAUUCCAUUAUUUCAUGUUUCGGAAAUCCAUUUUUCACUUAGCUCUUCACAGAUUGUUUCUUGAGAUGAGCAGUUUAUCCCAAGGGCUCUGGUCUCGACGCUCAGGGGGUCAGCAGUGUGGUCAGCCAUCUCUAAAGUGGACAAAGAGCCAAUUUCCAUGGAGAGAGCAUCAGUUGCCAUCUCCUUUCCCAGCCUGUUCAUGCUGCAACCCUUGUAUUAUAUGGCCUCAAUGUAGCAUGGAUUAGGGAAUGGAACAAAUAGGGUUGGGUCGGAUGGAGGGCAUUCAAACUUGUAAGAUCACGGAUAAGACUGGAAUACAAGCAGAAAAUGUGGGAAUGCACAGCAGGUCUAUCAACAUGAGGUUUAGCUGAUCAUCCAUGCCCUGGGUCCUAAGUCUUUCAGACCCUGAUAGGCAUGAGUUUCCAGCAAGAUUAGAGAUCAAGCUCUUCUUUAGGAGGUUAUUGUACAAGGAUAAGAAUUUUUGAUGCUUGCUUUAUCUACACCCUAAAACUGCGAUUAUGUUAAUCAAGCACAGAUUUUUGGAAAAUGAUUCAUUAUUGCUCCCUCCCCACCUUCCCUCUAAUUUUGGUUCUUCUGGUGCACUCAUUCACAAAAUGUGACCCGUUACUGAUGUGACUGGCUGCUGGAGCUAAGGGGAGGGUGCCUGCAGGAACUGACCUUCAGAAUGUUUCCACGCAAGGGAAUUUCAUUCUGAGUAAACUCUGCGGAGGAGGUUGAGGGCUCACUGCCUGUAGCAUAUGGUAGUCAACUCCCAGCUCUCAAUCUGUGGCACUGCAUGCUUCACCAGGACAGCUACGUUUAUGUUACCAUAUCUCACUGUCUUCUCAUGAAAAUCUCAUAACACACAAGGCUGGACAAUGUUAAAGAUUCUGUUUAAUGCUUUUCUGUUGAGUUCAGAAUGUACUGGAACUUACUGCUGCCAAAAUGCAAUAAUAAACCAUUUUUAAUAAAA